UACUGCUAAGGUGGUUCAAGAAUGCGGAUGUUCGUUUUUGUAAUGGAAGGGGGUGUCUUUGGAUAUCACUCAAAGUACAAGACCUAUAUUCGUAAUUUCCCAGAUGAGCCACUGAACGGUGAACAAGACCGUCCAGUCUUACCCAGAGGAACCGGAGACGCCAUUUCUAUUUUCCUGGCGUGUGCUUCUCCGGAGCACCGUCACGGCCUCGCCUUUCAUCUAUUUGCACUUCACUCUUCGACGCCUGCUGUUCCAACUCCAGGAAUGGGUUGCCAAACUGCCACAAGCAGUGAGCGGUUGAGGACGUAUUGGACGCCUAAAAUGGAACGCUACUUUUUUGAUCUUAUGUUAGAUCAUAUGCACAGGGGCAACAGACUUGGUCAUACUUUCAACAAACAAGCAUGGGCAGAUAUGCUUACUGUGUUCACUUCAAAAUUUGGGUCUCCACAUGACAAAUAUUUGUUGAAGAGUCGUUACAGUGCUUUGUGGAAACAAUUCAAUGAUGUAAAGAAUCUUCUUGACCAAAGCGGAUUUUCUUGGGAUGAUAAGCUACAAAUGGUAGUAGCUGAUGAUUAUGUUUGGGAGACCUAUAUCAAGGGUCAUCCAGAUGCUCACUAUUACAGGAAUAAACCUCUAAUGAACUUCAAUGAUUUGUGCUUGAUAUAUGCGUACACAAAGGCAGAUGGAAGAUACAGUCGUUCAAGUCAUGAUAUAGACUUCGAUGAUGACAUUCAGGGACUAACUAAUGGUGAAGGGAAGGAGGACGUGAUUCCCACUAUCAGUAACUAUACUAGGAUGUACUGGACACUACCAAUAGACCAUUAUCUCAUUGACUUGCUAUUAGACCAGGUGCAAAGAGGGAAUAAAAUUGGGCAUGCAUUCAUGAUUCAUGCUUGGAAUGAGAUGGUCGUGUCAUUCAAUUCCAAAUUCAGAUUGCAAUAUGACAAAGAGGUCUUGAAUAGUCGGUAUAAAUAUUUGAGACAACAAUAUAAUGAUGUCAGCUUUCUCCUUGAUGAAAGUGGGUUCUAUUGGGAUGAAACUGGAGAAAUGGUUACUGCUAAAGAAAAUUUUUGGGACUCUUUUGCAAAGGUAUAUCUUGAUGCUCAAUUAUACAAUUUUAAAACUAUCCCCAGUUACCAAAAGUUGUGUGUUAUAUUUGGUGAGGAAGGUUCAAAUGGAAGACCUAGCUGUACAGGUCACAAGGAAGACCUCACGAGGAGGGACACUCAAUCUAAUGCAGCUGGUGAUUAUUCAAAGACAGAUUGGACUCCUUCAAUGGACCGUUAUCUCAUUGACCUUCUGCUAAAGCAAGUGCAUAAAGGGCAUUUGAUUGAUCGCAUGUUGUUUAAGCAACUGCUGAUAGAUAUUGCGGCAUCAUUCAGAAAUAGAUUUGGAUUGGAACAUGGGAAACAUGUUUUUGAGAGUCACUAUAAACAUUUGAAGAAGUUAUACACUAAUAUCAAGAAUCUCCUGGAGCUGGGUGAAUUCUAUUGGGACGAAUCAAAGCAAAUGGUCACAGGACCUAAUGAUGUUUGGGAUGCUUUUACCAAGGAGCACCCGGAAGGAACAUCUUUCAGAUCCAAAGCAAUGCCGAAUUACAAUGAUUUAUGCUUGGUUUAUGGGAACUUGACUUCUGAAGGAAGUUGGAACCAAUCAUAUCCAUGUGGGGGCUUCAACAGUGAUGGAAGGGAUUUUCAAGCAUCCCUAAAUGGCAAAUGUGUGAGAUCUUGUUGGACGCCACCAAUGGACCGAUAUUUCAUUGAUUUAAUGCUGGAGCAGAUUCGUAAAGGGAAUAUGGUUUACCAGAACUUCAACAAAAUAGCUUGGGAUGAUAUGGUGGCAAAGUUUGUUGCAGAAUUGGGGUUUCAGUACCAGAAAGAUAAUCUUAGAAUUCGUUUUGGGCAUAUGAGGGAUAUAUUUCUUGAUAUGAGAACUCUUAUUGAUCAUAGUGGGUUUGCAUGGGAUGAAAAGCAGCAGAUGGUAACUGCUACUGAUGAUAUCUGGGAUGCGCAUAUCAAGGACCACCCUGAUGCAGAAUCAUAUCGAAGUAGAAGUCUCCCAAACUAUGAUGAUUUGUUUUUGAUAUAUGGAAAUAUGAGCACCAAUGGAAGCCAUGACCAUGCAAGAAGUACCAAUUUUGAUGAUGGAGAUGUGAGAGUAAACAUUUGUCAAGAGGAGGACCAAUCCUCUUCUGGUAGUGAUGCACAUAGCGUUGCUUGGACAAAGCCAAUGGACAGAUAUUUCAUUGAACUCAUUUUAGGACAGGUGCUUGAAGGGAAUAAAGUUGGUAAUACCUUCAAUAACCAAGCUUGGAUCUCCAUGGUCACAUUAUUCAGGGAAAAUUUUGGACGUCAAUUUAGUAAAUGUGUGUUGAAAAGUCGAUAUAAAAGCUUGAUGAAACAGCAUGAUGACAUCAGCACUCUUCUCAACCAGAAUGGGUUUGAAUGGGAUGAAAUACAACAAAAGCUAACAGCUGACGAUGAUGUUUGGGAAGCUUACAUUGAGGAGCAUCCGAAUGCCAUAGCAUACAAAGAUAAGAUAUUGGAGAGUUACGGUGAUUUGAGCGUUGUUUUUGGUGAUGGAAAAGCAAGUUAUCUAUGUCCAGAAAUUGAUAUUGAUGAUAAUGCCACGGAAACAGGUAUGGAUGGGAUAUUUGGAGCUCUACAGUCCCUCGUUUGGGAUAUCAAAGUGUCUAAUGGGAGAAAAAAACGCCAAUCCACAACACCAUUAACUUUAACAAGUGGGAGAAAGGUCCAGAAAACCACAAAGGAGUUGGUAGAAGCAGGUAAGGGUAACACAUUGGACCAGAACUAUAGCUCAAUAGAAAGCAUUGUUGAUGCACUUCAAGCUGUACCUGACAUGGAUGAUGCGCUCUUCUUGGAUGCUUGUGAUCUUUUGGAAGAUGAGAAAAAUGCCAAGGCAUUUGUGACGAUGGACAUCCCUCAUCGAAAGAAGUGGUUAUUAAGAAAUCUUGGUGCAUGAUGUAUGUUUAUGUUUGCAGUUUACAAGCUGUAGAUAUGGUUACAUGAUGUGCAUGUGAACUGUGAAGUGUAAGGAAGAACGUACAAGGAGAAAAAGCAGCUUUAAUAGGCUUCUUAUUCCUUUCUACCUCGAUUGCAAUUUAGUGUACGUGCGCAAAGGGUUUAACAAUGUACUUGUGAAGUGACUUGUAAGAGUCAACCGUGU